AUGGCGGACGCCAUUGCCGAAGCUACAGCUAAGCUGCAGCUCGACGAAGAGACCGGCGAGAUGGUCUCCAAGAGCGAAUUGAAGAAGCGUCUUGCGAAACGCGCGAAAAAGGCAAAGGCAGAAGCUCUAAAGGCGGCAGCACCGCCCAAGGAUGUCGCCAAAAAGGAGGAUGCCGCGGCAAAGAAGCCAAAACCGGAAGAGGCUCAGCUUGAUCCAGACGCUAUGUUCAAGGAAGGGUUUUUGGCAAAGGUUUACGAUGAGCGCCCGGCGGGAAAGGAUACUGUGACUCGGUUUCCACCUGAACCCAAUGGAUUUUUGCAUCUAGGACACGCUAAGGCUAUUGCGAUCAAUUUUGGCUUUGCUCGUUAUCAUGGUGGAGUAACGAAUCUUAGAUUCGAUGACACCAACCCCGAGGCGGAAGAAGAGAUCUACUUCACAUCGAUCAUUGAUGUUGUGGAAUGGCUCGGCUUCAAACCACAUGCCAUUACAUACUCUAGCGACAACUUCCAAAGACUAUACGACCUCGCCGAAAAGCUCAUCGAGAUAGAGAAAGCAUACGUCUGCCACUGCAAUGAGGCUGAAAUCAAACUUCAGCGUGGAGGAGAAAAGGGAACCUCGCCACGUUACCGUUGCGCACACGCCGAGCAGGAUGUCCAGACCAAUCUGCAGAAAUUCCGGGAUAUGCGUGACGGGAAAUACCAACCCCAGGCUGCAUUCCUCCGAAUGAAGCAGGACAUCACAAGUGGUAACCCUCAGAACUGGGAUCUUGCUGCAUACCGAGUGCUUUCAAAGCCACAUCACCGAACCGGCGAUAAAUGGGUUAUUUACCCGACUUACGACUUCACACACUGCAUUGUCGAUAGUAUCGAGGGCAUCACUCACAGUCUUUGCACUACAGAAUUCCAGCAAUCACGAGAGAGUUAUGAAUGGCUCAACAAGACCUUGUCUUUGUACGAGCCUAUGCAGCGCGAAUACGGCCGCUUAAAUGUCACCGGCACAAUCAUGAGCAAGCGUGGACUCAAGAAACUGAUUGACGGCAAGCACGUGCGAGGCUGGGACGAUCCUCGACUAUACACAUUGAUCGCACUAAGAAGGCGAGGUGUACCACCCGGAGCGAUCCUUUCAUUCAUCAACGAACUCGGUGUGACCACAUCAAACUCUUUGAUCCAGCUCAAGAGAUUCGAGCAGAGCGUGCGCAACUACCUCGAAAGGACCGUCCCUCGACUCAUGAUGGUUCUUGAACCUCUACGAGUUGUCAUUGAAGAUGCCGACUCUCUUGAGUCUAGCGAGCGCGACCUCACAAUCCCAUUCUCACCAAAGAUCCCCGCGUUCGGAACUCACCCACUCCGCCUCACAAGCACAGUCUACAUUGACCGGUCUGAUUUCCGCGAAGUCGAUAGUAAAGACUACUUCCGUCUCGCACCCGGCAAGACUGUCGGCUUACUCCAGAUGCCCUACCCCAUUACAGCAACAACCUUCUCCAAGGAUGCAGACGGCAACGUAACUGAAGUGCGCGCCGUCUUCCAAAAGGAAGGAAAGAAACCAAAAACCUAUAUCCAGUGGGUUCCCGAGGGAUCGCGCAAAGCUGAAGUUCGCGUCCACACAGCACUUUUCAAAUCCGAAGAUCCCGCUAGCGUUGAAGGCGGAUUUUUGAAUGAUAUUAGCCCCAACAGUGAAACGAUUUACCCGGACGCGCUUCUUGAGCCUGGCUUCGAGGAAAUACGUAGGAGGGCACCUUGGCCGGCCACGGAGGGAGAGAAGGAGAAAGCCGGACCCGAGAGUGUGCGUUUCCAGGGCAUGCGCAUUGCAUAUUUUGCCAUGGACUCCGAUUCAACAGAUGACAAGGUCGUCCUCAACCGUAUCGUGUCUCUCAAGGAAGACGUUGGAAAGAACAUUGUCAAUCAUAGCAGCAUCUAG